AUGAAAAUAUAUAAAAGGCUUUCUUCAGGUGCUGAAAUUUGGGUGAGCGAAGUUAAUUAUGAAGGUUACAAAAGUGAUGAAAUCGUUGUUGGACAAUCAAUUUCGUUUUUGAAUCUCAAAGCAACAAUUUCAGCCGAGUUAGAUAUCGAUGUAUCAAGGAAAAACAUUGAAAUUCGUUACAUCGUAGAAAAUAACUCGUCUCUGAUGAAAAUUAAGAACGACAUAGGUGUUAAAUUAUAUUUAGAAGUGAAACAAAAUGAGCCAGGAUUUGCAAUGUAUCCAUUAUGCAUUGACACAAGUGAGAAGAUUGGCGGUGAUGUACAUAACGUUGAUAGAACAUGCGGAGAAAUUACGUGUGUAGAAGGCACAACACAGGAUACAGAAGCUCUUGCAGUGGUUGAAUCGAGAAUUUUCCCGGAGACACGAUCGAAGCACGCUCAAUUGGAAGUUACAAAUUACAUAAUUAAUUCAAAAAGUAUAGAGGUGAAGACAUGUCAGUUAUAUAAGGAUAAAACAACACUCGUUGAUGUGAUGGCGAAAUAUAAGAUAAAGAACAACUUCAAUUGCAAAGUAAAGAGAUCUGAUAGACAAAGCUAUGUGUUGGUAUGCUUUUCGAAUGAAUGUGACUGCAUUAUGAAAGCUUCCUGCGGGAAAAAAUUUGAUCUUUUCAAAGUUAGAUACUUCAAUAGUGAACAUACAUGUCCAAUGAGGGAUAUGGUACUAACCAAAGUCCAAGAAACAGUCGGGUUUGUAAGUGGUGUGACUGCUCCAAAAUUGGUCAACCAUAAACAAAUUCAUACUCCAAAAGAUAUAAUUGUUGAUAUUAGAGAAUUCUAUGGUGUUCAAAUAUCUUACCAGCAGGCAUGGCGUGCUAAAGAACGUGUACUAGAAAUGAUAAGGGGUAAACUAUCUGAUGGAUAUAGGCAGAUGUCGAGAUACAUAUACAUGCUAAAUACUGUGUAUCUAUAUUCUUAUAUAAGAAUGCAGAAGACUGAGAAAGAUGAACUUAUGUAUCUCUUCGUCGCCUUAAGACCAUUGAUGAGGGGGUUCGAUUAUUGCAAAUCAAUAGUUGUUGUCGAUGGUGCACAUCUUGGCGGAGCUUACAAAGGGACAUUUGUAUCAGCAAGCACACUUGAUGGGGCAGUGUUGUGGACAUUGAAAAUGACUGUUCGUGGGCAUGGUUAUUCGAACAAUUCAAAAAUGCAUUUGGUGAGCGCGAAAAAAUGUGUGUUGUAUCAGAUAGGAAUGAGAGUAUUAUGA